GCCAGAUUUUUUCAUUUUCUAAUACUCUCCUCACAUGCUCAUCUACAGCUCCACUUCUGUCACUCUUUCACUUCCCUCUCUCUUUUAUUCAUUUGAUCUCAUUACUUGACUGGACAACCAGCUCAGCGAUCACCAUGAGGACCAAGGCCAUCCUAGUUCUGACUUUAUUCGUGCCAAUUCUCCUGAUUCCUGCAUCAUCUGAUGGUAAUCAAACACUCCACAGCAACACCUCCUCUACUUUUGUAAACAAGGCAGCAACCACUGAAACUCCAGCUCAAUGGGAGGAGACGUCAGCCAACAACGCAUCAUCAUCAAAAUCCUCCCCGUCAUCCUCCCCAUCAACCUCACCAACACGCACAACAGCAGCAUCUCAUACUGGAACAAACAGCCAGUCUCUCUCCUCAGCAUUAACCAUGAAACCAACUGAAUCCACUGCCAAAUCCUCUAAAUCCAAAAUAAUUAUUUCGGUGACUCUGCUGAGCAUCAUGGCGCUGAUGCUGCUUAUAGGAUGUUUCCACACCAUGAGGAACAGGCAGUCAGGCCAGGACAACUCUGUCCCCAGGCUCCUUCUGGGUGUGAGGGAGAGGCUGAGAGCUGCAGUCAGCAACUUGGAGAACCGCCUCUGGCCGGGGGGGAAGCGAGGAGGGGAGGAUGAUGACGAAGAGGCAGGAAGAGGACAGGAAGAGGAAGGAGGACAGAGGAGUGAUGAUGGGGGAGAAGGAGGCAGCGGUGGAUCAAAGAACCAUGAUAAGGACGAACACAAUGAUGAAGACAGCGAUACUUCAGACUGCUCCAGUAUGGAGGGGGACAACUUGAGGAUGGGGGCGCUGAACAGACAGGAGGAAGAGGAGAGGAAGAACAACAAGGAGGAAGACGAGGAUGAAACGAGUAGCGCAAGCAGUAGCGGUGUGGAAGGAGACAGCAGUGGAGAUAAAGCAGGAGGCUCAGAAGAGAUGGCACUUGUCAACUCUCCACAGGAGCAUGAUGAAAAUGUUGAUUUAUGUGAUGUCACUGCCCUGUAGUCAGACAAAGCAUGACAGUAAGGAGAAGGGAAAGGCACCAGCAUUACAGACAGUCAUGCUGGCUUUAAAUACAUGGUUUUACUGAAUGAUGAAGGUUUGAAUGCUGCAGGGCCUACGUCAUGUCUUUAAACAGUAUCUUCAACAUAGAGUACAGAUAGAAUGUAUGUUUCUUUUUGUUAAUGCAUUCAAUGCUCUUUCCACUGUAUGGGAAUCCAGUUAAUUUGUUUUUGAUGGUAAAUAAAUAAAAUGGGUGAAAUAUC